AUGUCAGCAACGAAGGACAAGUCUAAGGUGCACAAGCUGUCCCUGAAAGGGUCAUCCAAGCUUGUGGCAGAAUUCUUUGAAUACUCCAUCAACUCAAUUCUUUUCCAGCGAGGUGUCUACCCCCCUGAAGAUUUCACAACUGUCAAGAAAUAUGGGCUCAACAUGCUUAUUACCUCGGAUGAUCAGGUCAAGGCCUACAUCAAGAAGAUCAUGUCACAGUUAAAUAAGUGGAUGAUGGGAGGCAAGAUCUCCAAGCUUGUUGUAGUAAUCACAGACAAGGAGACCGGGGAACACGUGGAAAGAUGGCAAUUCGAUGUGCAAAUAUUCGCGAAACACAGCAAGAGCCAGAAAUCCCAGACAUCCGGCGAUAAGGAAAACACCGGCUCAGAGAACGCGGACCCGCAAGCCCCUGUUGAGAAAACAGAGAAAGAAAUUCAAGAGGAGAUCCAGGCAAUUUUCCGCCAGAUUACCGCUUCAGUCACCUUCCUUCCUGUCCUAGACGGUGACUGCACAUUUAACGUCCUAGUAUACGCCGACGCCGACUCAGAGGUACCGGUCGAAUGGGGUGACAGCGACGCCAAGGAGAUCAAGAACGCGGAGAAAGUCCAGCUCAGGAGUUUCAGCACGAACAACCAUCGUGUAGAAACAUUGGUCAGCUAUCGUCUUGCGGAUUAG